GCUCCUUUCUGGUUUCUGGUUAAAAACCAACCACUUGCAAUUCACGGAUGUCGUCACGUUUUCAAAUACAUCACAUGGAUUCGCCAAUUGCCACAAGACAUUCAAAAUAUUGUCCAUCCGGUCAUAAAAAAUAACUCAUACUUUCUGCACCCAGAAAAUAUUUUGAUAUCGAUGAUAACCGAUACAGAUCCAUUCGUACGUUCAGAUAGAUACACGAAGAUCUUAGCAGCCCGCAGAGAAGCUAAUGGAUGUAUUCGUCAAAUGUUUGGUCCGAAAGAGGAUAAUUUUAUAAAUUUCGAGAGUGACAAAUAUUUUAAUGUAAUAGAUUGGGAUAGAUUCGAACCGGCUGAACCACCAUGCUUGCAGUUCUUCGCGAAAGAUCACCUCGAAGCAUUACAAUAUUCCAAUGAAAUAAUUGAAUUACCAGCAUAUCCUUGUCAUUCCCAAAAUACCGAGCGAUUUGUUCAUACAGUUCAUGAAUCUGCAAUGGCGGCCACCGAUGAACAACGCAUGGGCCACAAUUUAUCUAAGCUCGAGAGCCGGCAGAAAUACAGCAAGCUUGAAUCCCGACAAAAUUUUAUGGACUAA